CCAUUUCUCGAAAUGCUGUCAACAACCGCAAAGUACUGGGAAAGAGUGCCGAUUGCCUUGUAUACAUACGCUCCACGAUUAAAAUAAAAAGUCCUCAAAUGAGUAGUUUAUUCUUGCGCAUGAUGUAUGCAGAACCAGAAAGCAAGAAAAAGAUUCCGUCUUGAAAUAUUUCACUCUUCAUCAAGAUUGAAUUUUAUCACCAACCCAUAAAAUCAUAGUUUGUAUUUGUAUUUGUCAAAAAGCAAAUUGCAGUUUCAGUUUAGGUUGAAGCAAAUUAAUGGAUGAUGAAGUGGUGCAGCGGGUAUUUCAAGAAGGUGGGCGCGAUUUCUACCAACAGCAGCCUUCCACUUCCUCUUCGUCUUCCUCCAUUCUCCAAUCCCUUCCUCUACAUGUGUCUUUUGAUCAUGGAUAUUACUUGUUGGUGAAAUCGAUUCAAGAGCUUAGAUCAAAGAAAGAGGGUAUAGUAACAGUUGGCAUUGGAGGUCCGAGUGGGUCAGGUAAAUCAAGCUUAGCUGAAAAAGUAGCAUCUGUAAUUGGUUGUAUUGUUAUCUCAAUGGAGAACUAUCGCACUGGAGUUGACGAUGGGAAUGAUUUGGAGCUAAUUGAUUUUGAUCUUCUUAUCCAGAAUCUUGAGAAUUUGAUAAGUGGACGAGAUACAUUGACCCCAGUGUUCGAUUUUCAAGGAAGAAAACGUGUUGGUUCACAGGCAAUAAAAAGUAUUUCGUCUGGGGUGGUGAUAGUUGAUGGAACUUUUGCUUUACAUGCAAAACUACGGUCUUUGCUAGACAUACGAGUUGCAGUGGUUGGUGGUGUUCACUUUAGUCUACUUUCCAAAGUUCAAUAUGAUAUUGGAGAGUCUUGUUCACUAGACCUCCUAAUUGACAGCAUUUUCCCGCUCUUCAGAAGGCACAUUGAGCCAGAUCUUCAUCAUGCGCAGAUCAGAAUCAACAACAGUUUUGUUUCAUCAUUUAGGGAACCAAUUUACAAACUCAAAUGCAAGAGUGAGCAGUCACAAAGUGGACAUGCUGCCUACAUUUUUCAUGGAAAAGAAGCACAACAGGACAAUUUUAUUGAGAUGUACCUGAGACCCCCCUCUGCAAGUGAAGAAGCACGAAUAAAUGAUUGGAUCAAGGUGCGACAAUCUGGUAUCAAAUACUAUCUAUCACUAGGUGACCAGAGGAUUGUUGACAAAAAUUUCAUUAUUCGGCCAAAAGCUGAAUUCGAGGUUGGCCGGAUGACUCUGGGUGGAUUGCUAGCCUUGGGAUAUAAUGUGGUUGUUAGUUAUAAGCGGGCAUCAACUUCUGUCAUUGACGGAAAUCUUUCAGUAUCUCUGGAAACAAUUGAUACUCUUGGAGAGACUUACAUGGUGCUCAGGGGCACAAAUAGAAAAAUCGUUGGAACUGAAUCAUCAAGGCUUGGUGUCAAUGGUCCAUGGAUAACAAAAUCAUAUCUAGAAAUGAUCCUUGAGAGAAAAGGGGUACCACGGCUUAAUACACCUCCUCCUUUGUCUAGUGCAUCUUUGCCCAGUAGUCAAGAAAGGAUGAUAGCAGCUCCAAAGCCACUUCGUAUAACUCCCAACCUGGUCAACCGGCUUGAGGAUUUAUCACAGCCAUGGACUCGGUCACCAACCAAGUCUAAACUGGAACCUGUCCUGGCGACGUGGCAUUUUAUCUCUCCAGACCCUCUCCUAACUGAUGGAACUGGCUCUGAUCCUCCUUCCAGGGAUGCCCUGCAGCUUGCUCCGAUGCCUGAUUCUUAUGACUUGGAUAGAGGGUUGCUUCUUGCUGUACAGGCAAUACAGGCUUUGCUGGAGAAUAAGGGUCACCCGGUAAUAGUUGGAAUUGGAGGUCCAAGUGGAUCAGGGAAAACGAGUUUGGCUCGUAAGAUGGCAAAUAUUGUUGGCUGUGAAGUUGUUUCCCUUGAAAGCUACUUCAAAUCCGAACAAGUGAAGGAUUUUAAGUACGAUGACUUCAGCUCUCUUGAUUUGGCUUUACUAUCGAAGAACAUUGAUGACAUAAGAAAUUGCCGAAGAACGAAAGUGCCUGUAUUUGAUCUGGAAACUGGUGUUCGCAGUGCCUUCAAAGAACUUGAAGUUUCUGAAGAUUGUGGAGUGGUAAUUUUUGAAGGUGUUUAUGCUUUGCACCCUGAAAUCAGAAAAUCGCUGGACUUGUGGAUUGCUGUUGUUGGAGGGGUUCAUUCACAUCUUAUAUCUCGAGUUCAAAGAGACAAAAGUAGAGUUGGCUGCUUCAUGUCCCAAAAUGAAAUUAUGACAACGGUGUUUCCAAUGUUUCAGCAACAUAUUGAACCACAUCUUGUUCAUGCACAUCUUAAGAUCAGAAAUGACUUUGACCCAGUACUUUCUCCUGAGAGCUCAUUGUUUGUGUUAAAAACUAAUAAGGAAGUGGAUUACCAAGAUAUUUUGAAAAUUCUUGACCCAACCAAGAUAUGCAGUUCCGCUCAAAAUUUUAUUGAUAUAUAUUUACGGAUGCCUGGAAUACCUUCUAAUGGACAGUUAACAGAGGGUGAUUGUAUAAGAGUUCGAAUAUGUGAGGGUAGAUUUGCAUUGCUGAUUCGAGAGCCUAUUAGAGAAGGAAACUUUAUUAUCCAGCCAAAAGUGGACUUUGAUAUCAGCAUAAGUACUGUUGCUGGCCUUCUUAACUUAGGGUAUCAAGCUAUGGCGUAUAUUGAAGCAUCUGCCUAUAUUUACCAAGAUGGAAAGAUUCUUAUCGAGGUUGAUCAUAUACAAGAUGUCCCGAGCCCUUACCUUCAAAUUAAGGGAAUUAAUAAAGAGAUUGUAGUUGCGGCUGGCUCAGCUCUUAAUUUGGAUGCUUCAUAUACCACAAAGAGUUAUCUACAAAUAAUCCUGGAAAGAUUGCCUGCACUGGAAAGGAGUUCAAGUGGGAUUCAUUCUCAGCAAGCUGCAAGAUUGCAGGAACUUGUGGAAUACAUACAGUCACAGGGUAGCAGUUCAUCUUCGGAGUCAUCACCAAGUAGAGAAGCUUCACCUUUGGAAGGCAUAAUUGAAGACAUGCAGUCGAGAAUCAAAAGGCUCGAAAGAUGGCACACAAUUAAUACUGUGCUAUGGACAUUUCUAAUGUCCGCUUUUGUUGGAUAUUCACUAUAUCGAAGGAAGCGACAAUGACUCUUCAUGCUUAGUGACUUAAUUCAUUACCCGAAGCAUUCUUAUGAUUAUUUAACAAUUCGCUAACCUCAACAAAAAAAUGUUGCUUCAACAAACUAGGCACUAAACAAUGUAUGCUUCCAACUCUGGCCAUCACCUUUUAACUGGCUGGUUUGCACCAAAUUUGACUGCAUUUUGCACUAUGAAUUCAUUUUUCUUUGUAGAUACCGCUAUGGCAGCUGAGUUUUAUACAGGAGAACAAAUAUUUGUUGUUUUGUGAUUA